ACCGCGGGGAAGGCGCGGACCGGCCGGGCCAGGUGCAGCGCCCGCGUGUCUGGGGGCCGCUGCGGCUCCGAGGAGUGUUCGGGCCCCAGCCCGCUUGUGCCACGUCCCUGCGCCCUCUGGACUGGACGCCUGGGACCCUCGGAGCCAGGGAAGAGGCCCUGGCACCGGCUGGCCAGAGGCACCGCAGGCCAUGUCAGAACUUUGAGCGAGGCGUGGUGACGGGGAGCGGCCGUCACCCACUGACCUUCCCCACCCGGCCCCAGGAUGCUGAGCGUGAAGCUCCCCAGGCUGUUCAGCAUAGAGCAGAUGCCCCAGGUGUUCCAUGAGCAGGGCAUCCUCUUUGGCUACCGACAUCCACAGAGUUCCGCCACUGCCUGUGUCCUCAGCCUUUUCCAAAUGACCAAUGAGACUCUCAACAUCUGGACUCACUUGCUGCCCUUCUGGUUCUUCGCGUGGAGGUUUGUGACCGUACUGUAUGUGACAGACAUCCAGAAUGACAGCUACUCCUGGCCUCUGCUUGUGUACAUGGGCACCAGCUGCGUGUACCCCCUUGCGUCUAGCUGUGCGCACACCUUCAGCUCCAUGUCCAGGAACGCCCGGCACAUCUGCUACUUCCUGGACUACGGUGCCGUCAACCUCUUCGGCCUGGGCUCAGCCAUCGCCUACUCGGCCUAUACGUUUCCUGAUGCACUGGUGCAUACCACCUUCCACGACUACUAUGUGACCCUGGCUGUGCUGAACACCAUCAUCAGCACCGGCCUCUCCUGCUACUCCAGGUUUCUUGAAAUCCAGAAGCCCAGGCUCUAUAAGAUGCUUCGCGUCCUCGCCUUUGCAUAUCCCUACCUCUGGGACUCCGUUCCCAUCUUCUACAGGCUGUUCCUGUUCCCUGGGGAGAGCGCACAGAACGAAGCCACCUUGUACCACCAGAAGCACACGGCCAUAACCCUCCUGGCCUCUUUCUUCUACUCUGCGCACCUGCCGGAGCGCCUGGCCCCUGGACGCUUCGACUACAUCGGUCACAGUCAUCAGCUGUUCCACGUGUGUGUGAUCCUGGCCACGCACGUGCAGAUGGAAGCCAUACUUCUGGACAAGACUCUGAGACAGGAGUGGCUCCUGGUCAACUCCAGACCCCUGUCUUUCCCUCAGAUCGCUGGAGCCAUACUUCUGUGCCUUGUCUUCAGCCUCGGCAACAUAAUUUAUUUCUCAGCUGCUCUGUAUCGGAUUCCCGAGCCAGAAUUACAUAAAAAAGAAACGUGAUUCAGACCAUAAGCUUUUCAAGCCCCAUGUCAGCAUUAAGCUACAAUGCCCAAACCACCUAAGCUGGUGGCAUGGUACCAAUUUGCAGUGGCCUAAAAUAUUCAUAACGGUUGUUGUCUUGGCAUUUUUGAGUGGGUUCGUGUCAAUAAGGUAUUUAACUGGGGAACUUUCUCUCGAUGUGCACUGAUUCUGUGUGUGUGAUUUCCUAAGAGGAACAUGGAUUCAAGUAAGUCCUCAUUCAGGCAAAUUAUUAAUACUUCAUUAAGUUUUAAAUUUAUUUAAAGUGGGUUUUUCAGUUCUUUUUGAACAUUGGAUUAAGCACACUACCCUUGUAGAUUUACUAUUAAACAGAUGGAUUAAGCCUUACUGAUACCCUUGUAGUAUGGCUCUUUGAAAAAUGGAACUUGCUUCAUUUGAUGAGUUUCAAGUAGCAAAAUCUCUCCUGAGAGCUCCUGCAGUGGGAGGAGAAUGAGCCAGAAAGGUCAGUGCGGGGAACCCGAGACAGACGAUCUUGGGUCUGUGGGGGCCCUGGGACUGGGAAGGCAUUCCAGAAGGAGGAGACCUGGCUUGGGCAAGGGUCUUCUUCCUUUCCUCACCUUGUGAAGGGAAGGAAUAGAAAGAGAGUCCUCUUUUCCCGCAAGUCCAUUUUGCUUCAAAGUGCCAUUUCCCAUGUCAUUGUGGAUUUGGAUUUCCUUUAAAGCCCACAGCCUAUGGGUGGGUGUCAUCAUUUCUGUUUUGCUCUGUUUUCUUGUUGCCAGUUAGAUGCUGCAAAGUAUUAUGCAGUGCAGGUAAAAGGUGUUACACUGUGGGAGUUGGCUGAGUUAAUCCGGGUUGGUUGUGCUUUUCUGUCACCUUUUAAACCAAUGCCAGUGCUGUAUUUGGGGAUGUCAUACAUUUGAUGUUGCUUCAGCAUUUUAGAUAUGCUGCAAAAUGGAGUGUUCAUGUGCAGAGGACGCUAAAGGCCUUGCCAAAGUGUUGUCCAAAUGUAGUGAUUCUCAAGCUUUACAGUGAAUCAGAAACACUUGGUGAGCUUGUGACAAAUGCAGAUUUGUGGGGCAAACCAGGAGAUUCCGCUGUACUGGUUGAAUGUAGGUUUCCUGGAGGAGAUUUGCCUGGAAGGGAGCAGGUCCGCAGCUCAUUCUAACGCAGAAGGGCCACAGGCCAAACUUGAAGAAAUGCUGGUGUCACGAAUUCCAGCAGACUCUGGGCCUAUCAGCUUUUGUUCUGAUUGAUCUAAUGAUCAGCAACUCACCACCUGAGGAUGUGUCCCCUGCUUUCUGCUCUGCAUAGUACUUAACACUGAGCAUUUUCUCAUCUGUUGCAUUACUAAUUAAAGUUCAGUAUUUCAUGGUGUUUCCAGGGAGUACAGAAAUGCUGACACAAAACAGUUUUUAACAGAGGCCCAUCCACCCCUGAUCUGCACUUGCUAAUGACUUCGGGGGCCAUCCAUCACAAUGCAGGCUCCUCUUGGCUGACUCAGGAACACCCCCAUAUCUUAGAAUACUGACUCCAUGGUUAACUGGCCCAGACACUUGAAUGGCCUUGUAAACAGUUUAUCAUCCAAUCCUCUGAGGACAAGUAACAAUUUAUAUUGGAUGAGAGUAGUCAAGAAAUAUGAUUUCAUUAGUUUUAUUACUUGUUUACUUCCUCUGGGGAAGGUAGACUGAUAAAAUUAUAUGGGCUGGUAAAUUUUGGGGACAUUAAUUGCAAGCUGCAUGACAAAAUUUGUUUUUUUGGCAAGAAUCUGACAUCGUUAAUGGAAUUUUACUCCAGCAGGGUCUAUGGACUUCCAUUUCAUCUUUUUGUACUUCAUUUUUAUAGUGAAAAAGGUACAGUUUAAAUUCCCUAUUCUAGUAAUGCCAAAGACAUGAAGGCUUUUAAAUUCUCUUGUUUAUAAAAGAGUAAAAUAAUGUUCUUCGUUUGUCUUAGAAAUACUUGAAAGAUAAUGGGUGAUUAAUUUGAAGGACUUUAGAUUAUUUAAUCUUUGGUUAUGCUGUUUUGCUUCAUGCUUAAUGGUGAAAAUGAAACAUUAAGUCAACAAAAUAAGACCCUUUCAUAAUGUUUGUAUAAGUUUUGUAAACUUAGUCCCAUUGUAUACUUUUGGAUAGUGUUACAAAUUAAAACUUUAUAACAGUUUGCAGUA